AUGAGCGGAUCCAGCCUUCUCUCAUGUGUGGUCAGUCGCGUGGCACCGUCGCUGUUGGCACCGAGGAGGGACGACCCGGAUGCCUUUUUGCGUCAUCUUCAACUUCUCUCAAAGGACUUUAUUACUCGUUUUUCUUCUCCCGAGGCCAUAUUGACCCCGUACUUCUCUUCGAAGGAAAAAAUCCAGCCUGCAGCGACAAGCGCUUCCGAAAACAGCGUGCUGAAUGUACCUUCUUCUGCGCAUGGGGCAGUAGAUGAGCUGUGUCCUCUUCAAAUUGCUCUUAAAUUUCUUCUGGGGGAGAAGGAGUCAUGUAAUCGGAUGCACGUUUUUGAGCUGAGUAUAUUCCUUGCUCUUCUACGACAUCCUUGCCAGGGCUACAAAAAUAUUCUUCUUUGGAGUUCUCUCAUUGAAAAACUGGAGGAGCUGGGAUUUUAUUACGUUAUGCAGAGAAGAAUUUCACAGCUUUGGGAGUCGGUCAAACAACAAGAAGGUGAGUUGGACGCGUAUAAUGAACUGCGUCUUAUCAGACUUUCAUGCGAUGUUGUACUUUUUUUUGGUGAGCAUGCGCCACAAAUUCCCUCGCAAGAUGUUCUUCGAGAGUUGGCUUUGCUGGCACAAGAGAUGUGGGCCGAAAGCGCUUCAAUGGUGGUGCGACGCUGUGCACUCGUUAUUUCUGUCUUUUUGACGAAGUAUUCUUUGAUUUCAAUUGAAGCACUGUGCAGUUACAAGACAAGCGUGGAUUCUCCUUAUUGUUUGGUUGUUCUUGCAAGUGUCCCUGCCCUGAGAGAAAGGACAGAUGUCAAUCCGGAGCUGCUUCGCGCGGCAUUAGAAGUUGUAUUCACUACAACCGUUUACUCUACGCCUAUUGCGACCUAUUUUUCUGAUGAAGGUGUCCACUCGGUUUCCCUGUCUCUUGUGCAGCGGCAAUUCGCCAAAGUUUUGUAUGAUCUCUUUUCAGGAGUCUCGGGUGAAUUUUGGGGUUACUUCACGGGAGAAGCACUCCUCUCGGCCAUAGAGGCGGUUGCAAGGUACGCAUGUCUGUGGGAUUUUCUUCCAUCCGGUGUGCCUCUGUUGCGGCCAUACAUACGGAAUUUUCUUGCCGAAGGAAGCAGUGUCUAUACCGUUUCUUUGUUUAAUUUUUACGCAUCUGCUUUGGCGUAUCAUGUUGGGUUUGACGUGUUGGUUGAUGAGGAGGCCGCGAUCCUCAACAGGAGCACCCCAUGUUACAUUACCUACGGCUCGCUUUUGGAGGGAGAGGUGGAAGAGAAGGGGGCAGCCCUCACUCAUAACACCGAAGGUUUAACAAUGGUGAUGACGGAUACACCCAUGAAAAAAACUUUUCGACUGUUAGCGAUGGGGUGGAGAUCGUUUCGUGGAGGUGAGAAGGUGGUUGUGCGAAGUGCCUUUUCUCUUUUACAUGCCUUGAUGUCCAAUUAUUCCAGCCACCAGAAGGUGCUAGAGGAAGUUAUCGGAUGCAAACUUUACUCGCUCUUUCCUCAUGUGGCCACCGUAGUUUUGACGGAUUCUGUUGACGAUGAUGACGUGGAGCUUGUUGAGACCUUCUAUGACACCAUUUCCUCAUUUCAUCCUCUGCUGGGCAACGUUGCCUACGCGGCCUCUAACCUCCUUCGACCGGAUUUGAUGAAAGGGGUGGGAGUGCGUUACGAGUCAACCGAAAUUGCAUUGCUUCACUUGAAAAUCUAUGAUACACUCUUUAAGAGCUACGAAAAUGCGGUGCCUUUUGUUGGCAUUGUCGAGGCUGUGACACACAUUCCGCAUGGUCUCAUCCCUUGUUCGUUCCUGGCGAUGGAGUUUUUUGUUCAGUGGUUGUCUGUUGUCCGGGCGGUGCCGCUGGAAGUGCCGCGUUCACUCUUCCAGUUAUUGUCCAAGGAGGAAUCAACGGCGAGGCUCAUUUAUCGCCUGUGUGAAGGAAUUUUUGUACUUUUGCGUGAGCUUCAGUCGGGAAAUGUUUUUCUCUGCUCGUUGCCAGCCACACCCCUUUUAGAAGGCGCGAUUUGUCUCCUUUCUGCUGCUGUCUGUGAUGGAGGCCACCACAACACACUGGCCACCUGCGUGAUUGCGACAUACGGCGAGAAUACCCUUUCAGCAUGUUUUAUGCUCUACUGCGUGAUAUUCUCUCCUAACGCUUCAGUCUCGUUGGUGGAGUCCACAGCAGGGCUACUGGCGUAUGUAUUGGAGCGCUCACAGGAGAAACUUUUUGGCACGAUGCGUUUUCAUACCUCCACAGAACUGCGACGAAUAUUAUUGUCAUCCAUUCACCAUGAGCUGCAACUGUCGACUGCAACCAACAAAUCCGUAAAUGUUUUUCGGUUGGCAUCUCUUCGUUAUCUUCUUUGCUUAGAUCCGGCAUCGUUUUUCUUCUUGAUGCUCCCUGAGGAAAGGGACAGUGGAGGCGGUUCGUCCGAGCUCCCACUCACCUGCAUCCUACGUGACAAACUGGGAUGCGUGGAAAUCACACCACUUGAAAAAGUUGAGGCUUUUGACCUCCUUCGAGCCCUCGACGAUUUGGAUUUCCCCAUUACUUCUGCCGUCAAUUUGCUGUCGGAUAUAAUAGGUGGUUCAGCGUACGUCCAAGCUGCCUUUGCGGCGGCUGUGAUUAAGUACAUAUGUGGAUCUAUCAUUGGUAAAAUGCAUUUUGAGGGCAGCCGAAGCGCAAAAUACGGAGAGAGGGGAGGAUCGCAGCAGCGUAGCCCAAGUCGUUCAACGAUUCAGAAUGAAAAGGGCAACUUAUCGUCAGAGGAUGUAGCAGCCAUUCGCGUGAUGCUUGAAACGGGAUCUAGGGCGUUGGAGCAUUGUAGUGCCUUUUACCAAGUCAUUGAAAGGCAGGCUGGGACUGUUAAUAACUGGGUUGAUUCACGUCUCUCAGGAGAUGCUCCUAAAAGGAACUCGCAAGAGCUUGUUCUUUCGAGAGUAACUCAAGACGUUGUGUCCAACUUGUCCACUUUUACUUCUAUUGGAUUGUCUGUGAAUUCAUUGCAGGCAGGCAGUGGAAAAAUAAAACUAAAACCCAUGCUUCUUGGGGAUGGAUUUCUCUUAUGGAACGAUGGAGAGGAGGAUGUUAUUUCACUGAAUCACAUGGCAUCUGCUUUGGAGGCCAUGACCCGUCUCACAGCUUCCCUAGAGGCUGUUGCAUGGCUCACAUGUGGUGAAAAGGAAGCCCAUUUCGCUUCUUCAAAGUUGUUGGAGUUGUCACUUCAGGGAAUGCAAAUGGUGGGACACACUGCCAUUCCCCUGCGUGGUUUGAUGUGGUCGUGUUUUGAGGGUUGGCUAUCACUUGCUCGUGGAGCGGCUUCUGUGCACAUGCAGUCUUUGAGAGAAUUUGCUUUAAUUUCAUCACCAUUGAAAUUAAAUGUCUUGUUUCAAGACUUUGUAAAAUUGAUGAUUUCCAAUCAUGAGCACAUUGAUGUUGUUUGCCAGGGGAUAAAAGUUCUAUUGGCCUUUCAACCCGUUGGUUCAUUGGAUGAGGGGACGGCAAUACAAAUUUUUGAGUUUAUUUUGAAAUUUUUAGAGACACAUCUGAACAGGGCACCCUUGAGUUCCCUAACGACUCUAAUUCUGGGAUGUGGUGUCAUCUACGGUCGUAUGGGUAAAUUUUCUCCCGUGCGGUGUGCGCUCAGCACAUUGGAGAAUUUAUGGACUUUUGCAACGAAUCUGUCUUAUAAGAUUCCUGCCACGGGGCCUGCCUCUACAUUAUCUGACAUUUUUGACCAUGUGUUGGGUGCCGCAAGCACUGUCCUUCUGCAGAAUGACGAAUUGACCACCUAUUUCCCGCAUAAACGUGUGAUUGCUCUGGCAAAUGCUUUGGGGCAAUUUAACGACGCGGCCAUUUACGAUCCCAUUGCAAACUUGUAUGGACCACAAGCGUGGCACAGGGCGUGGCUAUCCGUACUUCUUUUACUUCACGCUGUUUUGGUGAACAUGGGGGGAAAUCGGUCCGAUUGUUCAGAGUGGUUAAACGCCGUUUCUACCUUGGCAGCAACAAGUCCACGAUUUCAGGAUGCCGUUUCCGGCUUUGUGUCAUUCGGAGAUGUAAAAGAAACGAAGACAUUUGCUUGGGAGCUGCGUGAAAUGCAGUUGUGUACAUCCAUCAUCGCCUUGCUGGCCAGUUUUGGAUUUUCAAACGCCUCUCUCACGCCACAUGUACGGCGGUGUUUUUGCCACAUACGGCGAUAUCAAAUUCCGACAGUGGCGGCGGUAGAUGAACGCGUCGUAAAGGGUCUUCUUGUGACAACCAUACGCGAUCAACUCUCCUACCUCAUUCAACAGUCACCACCACCCACGUUUUCGGAAGAAGAUCUUUUCAUUGUAACAAUAGAACGCUACCGCACUUCAUCGACAAACAGUUCUUACGUCCUGCAUGAGGACUCGCCCCAGCAACGCAUGGUGGGCGAUGGGAGUGAGUUGAGGGAAGAGCUAUUGUCCUUUGAUGUUCUCCGCUCUUUCAUUUUACGUGAAUUAAACAUCAUUCGGAGGCUUCAUCAGGAUAGUGCGCCUGGUGCAGAGGCCCACUAUCCGCCAGAGCACACUCCUUUGUCGCACUCUAGUUUUACGACGGCCACCAGCGUGGAUAGCGUUUUGGAGGUGGAGUUCCAUGAGGGCGGCAAUCAAAACAGUGCUCCACACAUUGAGAAUGUCAAACUGGCGCUUGGUCUUUUUGUGCGGUACGCUCGCCUCUACUUGAGCACGCGUAGUCUGGCCCUCUUGGAUCGUCAAGAGCUUUCGGUAUCGCUCGAAAAGCUUCUUCAUGCACUCAAUCGUUUGAUUCACGAUGUUCGUCGACUCGGGAACUCGGUGCUGACUGGGAUUGUGGAAAACGUGCGGGAGGAUCUGAAGAGCCUUGCUGGGAUUCUGCAGAACAGCUAA